AUGCCACAAGGAAAAUUGAGGGUAAAAUCCAAAUUACCAGAAAAUUUGAAGCUCAAAAAAACAAAGGGAAAUGCUGUUACAAAAAGGUCCAAUCGACCUAUCCAACCAAAGAAGAAACACCAUCAAGAAACACAGAAAAUUAAGCAGAUAAUCAGCAAAUCUGUUAAUAAAGCAGCAGAGGAUGAACUUCGUGCUAGAGCAAGUGGAGGACAGAAAAAUUUAUCCAAAGCACAACAAGUCAUAGCACAACAUAAUUCAAAAUAG